AUGGUUCAAUGUGAUUCUUGUCAGCAAUGGUUCCAUGCAGAUUGUAUCAACUCCCUACCGAAACGGUUACUUUACGGUGAUACGUUUAUGAACUUUCGUUGCUCAGUAUGCUCCCAAGGUCCCGAAACGUAUGAACGGACCAAUAUGAGCUGGGUGACCAUCGUGCAUCUGGUCAUUUAUAAUCUCAUGAAACAAGCGGAUCUGUCCAAAGACCGCGAUCACAAAUACUUUCGCUGGAAAGAAGACGUGUGUGCCUUUAUUGACGAUUACUGGGAAUACCUUGCUCCUGGUAAACAACGAUCUGUGACUUGGCAUAACACCAUCGCCAGUGUCUUGUCCACCCACAGCAGCAUCUUCUUGUCUGGGUUUGAAAAAUUCCACCAGUCUGCUUGGUGGACGUUGCAUAAAGAAGAACCGCCUGUCAAAGAUACCAAGGCGAAACCUCCGCGCAUCAAACCCACCUUGAAAAAACCACUGAAGCGAAAUCGAGCAACGGAACCUUCAGGAGAACAAGACAGUGCUGACGCAACCAAAAAGCGACCAAAACGAAAAGAGUCAACCACCGAAGUUCAGUCUCCUGCACAGGUCAGGCAAUCGUCACGGCGGAGUAGUUUACGGCAGAACAAACUGAAAACCCGCAAAGAAUCGGCACCUCUCACAAAAGAAAAAGAAGGUGACGCGCUGGAUGAUGAUCUGAGUUCCUUGUCCGAGUUAUCAUCAGACGAGGAGCUAUUUUCUGCGGAAAGCGAUAAUGAGACGCCGGCCGUUUCAUUACCCAAAAGUCAAGCAAGUACGAAAAAGAAAGACGAUACCCACAAACCGUUGGAUAAAGUGAAACAUCACCAAGCUAGCGUACCAUCCGCGACAUCUGCAGCCCAUUAUAAACAAGAUUCAAGAACAAACACAGAUAGUGUCAGUAAACGAAAAGCACCGAUAGAAGCCGAUGGACAAAAAAACGAAGCAGUUACAUCAAAGCAAGCAACGCCAUCUGCCUCCCCUAUCGACGUAUCGACCAAAGAACAUACCCCCCAACUUCCACCGGUCGCUCCGUCAACCAUUGCAGGCGCUCAGACAGAGGUGGUGGAGAAGGCGAAAAGUAAAGAAAUCGCCAAAGACGGCAACAUGAGCGAUCAAGUGAAAGAAACCAAAGAUUCCAAGGAAAUCAAGGAUGCCAAGGAACCUCCCAGGGACGAGAAACCGACCCCCAAGAAACCAUAUACAGCGAUGCUCACGCAACAUGAUGAAUGGUCGCUGUUACAGAAAUUAGAUCAUGCCUCCAAACCGUUACCUUCCUUUGCGGUGCGUUUCAAAAGAAAGCUGGCUGUACGACGUUUGAAACGAAACCUUGGUAUGAAAGUGUUUGAUCUCGAUGCAGUGGUGGCCGCUCAAUUACGCUCCAAAACGGACAUGGCAGUCAUGUCGAAAACAUCUGUCAUUAAACCUGCUAUUAAUCAGGUGGAAGAUGGGGAUGACCUUGCCACACCCGAUGUAUCAAAAACAUUGGUUCCUGAAAUCCCCUUCACACCUUACCGGCAUUCCUUUGCUUCGAGAUUGUAUGGAUUACCGCGGAAAAGUACUACGAUCACACGCGAUGAUCCAUGGUUAUCCCCGUGGAAUGGACGGAAAUUACGACCAUAUAUUCGCCGAGAUUUUGAAAGCAAGCCGACCCGGAUGAAAUUGCUGCUACAAAUCCAAGAAGCCAACGGGAAACCCAAACGACGCUACCAUGAGUCCGUGGAUCACCUUACGCAUCGAGGUGCUAGCAUUGAUUACGUCUAUUUCCAGUCGGAGCAUUUGGAGCAAGUGAAUCAGAUGCUUUGCCGGUCGUUUUGGGAUGGCAUUGAUGUAUCCGAGUCUCUGCAAUUCCCGGAAUUCAGCAUUGUAGUACUGUAUAAACGAUGCGUUAUUGCGUGUGCAUUUAUGACCCCUGAAGCCUAUAUUACUUAUAUUGCUGUGUCACCUGGCUGGGAAGAUGCUGGUAUCGGACAGUUUAUGCUGUAUCAUUUAUUUCAGACGGCGAUCAGCAAGGACGUCACGUUGCAUGUAUCUGCCAACAACAAUGCUAUGAUUCUGUAUCAAAAAUUCGGUUUCAAACCAGAAGAAUUUAUUGUCAACUUUUAUGAUAAAUAUCUGCCUUCCGACAGUCCUUUCAGUAAGAACGCAUUUUUUAUGCGUUUAAGGCGGUAG